CGGAUAGUUCCGCUGUUCUAGAGAGGAGCUCUUUGGGAAGAAGAAUAGACAAGUGGAUAUAACCAGUCUUAAGAAUAAGGGUGUAUAUCUCUGAUUCCUUCCAUGAGUUCUUCAAUUUUCAACAAACUUGCCUCUUCUCGAAGAAUGGUGUCAACAGUUUUUACAAUACCCCAUUCCUUAAGUGAUUCCUUGCUAUCAUCUCCUGCGAGGAAGAUAUCAUUUCAUCAUCCAACUUACCUUAGGUCUACAUUAGAGACCGAACGCUGUCCACCAGACAGUGUUUUAUUGGCGAAUCUUUAUCAACCUGGAGAUCAAGCGCUUGACUUCAAUCUUGGGCAGAAAAAUUGGUCGGGCAAAAAGGCAUAUGAGACACUAAAGUUGGUGCGAUCUGUAUUAGGGAAAUCUUCCUCAAGCUUCGGCUCAUCUGGGCGAGUGUUUCGGUACUCCAACAACUGAGGAAAUGGAACUGUUUCAAUUAUUAGAUGGCGAGUAUGAAGUUUAUGAGAUGGUGAUGAAGCCC